AUGGCCCGCAUCCUCACGUCGGACACGACGGACCUGUCGCCGCACGAGUUGCCGGCGACGCGGAGCGGCAAGCCGGAGAAGGACGCGCGCGAGGACGUGCUGGGCGACGGCAGCAUCAAGAAGCAGCUCCUCUACGCGGGCACCAAGUCGAAGCGCAAGCCGCAGAAGGGCGACUACUGCCGCAUCCACUACAACUGCGAGCUGCCCAACGGCCGCGAGAUCGACAGCACGCGGGACCGGGGGCUGCCCCACCCCUUCACGCUCUACGGCAACGACAAGGUCAUCGAGGGCUGGAGCCACGCCGUCGCGACCAUGCAAAAGGGCGAGGUCGCGCGCUUCCACAUCGAAUCGGAGCGCGCCUACGGCCCCAAGGGCUUCACGUCCAAGGACAAGUCGACGGUGAUCCCCGCGCACGCGACGCUCGUCUACGACAUCGAGCUCGUGUCCUACACGAAGAACGACGACAUCACGGAGGAGAAGGACGGCACGGUCCGCAAGUCCGUGACGCGGCGCGCGAAGCACGACCACUACCCGAACAAGCGCUGCGACAUCGACUACUCCUACGACCUCGAGGUGCCCGGCGCGUCGAAGAGCGACCGGCUCCACGCGGGCCGCCUCACGGAGGACGAGGCGAGCGACCGCGAGGACGCGCCGCGGGGCCUGCGCUACGCCCUGGAGCAGAUGCCCGUCGGCCAGCACGCGACGAUCACGCUCGCGCCGGAGAAGGCCUUCGGCGCGACGGGCUCGAAGGCGCACGGCGUGCCCCCGGACAGCGAGGUCGUCUACCGGGUCACGCUCGUCGACUUCACGACGGAGCGCACGCCCUGGGACAGCGAGGACGCCGAGGAGCUGCUCGGCAUGGCCGAGGCGCGCAAGGCCGCGGGCAACGAGCAGUUCAAGCGCGGCGACGUGCCGCGCGCGUUCCAGCACUACAAGCGCGCGACGCACGCGACGGGCGUCAUCCUCCUGUCCUUCGACCACGAGCGCACGAAGGAGGGCGACGAGGCCGAGGAGAAGAUCACGAUCCACGCCGCGGACGGGCCCAAGCGGCGCGCGCGGCGCCUCGAGUGCUCCGUGAAGGCGAACAUGGCCGCGUGCCACGUGAAACUGGGCGAGUGGAAGAAGUGCAAGGAUAUUUGUUUGGAGAUCCUCGAGCACGAGGACCACAACGCCAAGGCCCACUACCGGCUGGGCAUCGCCUACGAGCACUUCCACGACCAGUGGGACCUCGCCGCGCUCGAGUUCAAGAAGUGCCUCGAGGACGACCCGAAGAACAGGGACGCGGCCGCGCGCCUCGCCCGCGUCGAGAAGAAGAUCAAGGGCCAGAACUCCAAGGACCGCAAGCGCGCGGGCUUCAUGUUCAGUAAGGCCGUGUAG